UGAUAUUUAUGUGUGAAAUUCUCAAAGAAUAAAAAAUGAAAUUCAAAAAAAGGCUAAUAUUGUUGGUGCCUUAUAUGGGAUUCCAGCUCAGAGUGUUUGAGGGUUGGGGAAGCUGAAGAUUCAUCCAGGGUUUUGUGUGCUAGGCAAGCACUGUACUGUGUCCUCACUUAACACCAUGUCAGUUUUGAGUUUUAGCUUCUAUGGGAACUUAAGUACAUAUACUAUUCUGAAUUUGAAAAAAAAUAGUAAAAUGACUUUAGCCAGGUGUACCAUCUAAAUGGGAUUUGAGGGCGAAUUCUCCUAAUUUUGAAGCUGCUUAGAUUGUAGCUCACAAUUCUUGAUAUAAGAAAAAAAAGUGAAAUAAUUUUACGGGUCUGGAGUAUACUCCACCAAAUGAGUCGAUCUUACAAACAAAAAACCUCUUUUGAUUACGAGGUCAGUACCGAUGACUCAGUGCUGCUUGGGAGUGUGUUACAUUAACUGAGUUCAUGAGAGUGAAACUCACUGGUAAAGGGAUGACAAAUAACUUCCUGACUUUACAAUUACACUGUCCUUGGAUGAGCAAGAGUCCUGUAACGACCCUCCAAUCUCGCCUUGCCUUCAGCUAUGAAGGAAUGGGUGUGUUGUCUGUGUGGCAUAUAAAUACAUUUUGAACUCUCUGGACUUAAAAGCAAUGAUUGAAGGAACCUCCACCGCCCAGUAAAGGGGAAACAGUGUCAGGGUUAAGCAUUAAGCCAACAGCAAGCGUGGGGCAGGGAGAAGGUCACACUGAGUAAAUAAUCAGCCCACAUUCAACUGUACCUGGGCUGAACUGCUUCUGCGGCCGCCAAACACAAGCCAGUAACUAGGCAACAAUGAUUCGCACGCUCUGAUCACUUCACUACAGUGACAUGUCCAACCCCCACAUUUCCAGGAAAUGCCCUUCUUCUAAGUCACCGAGGACCAGGGUGAACACUCACCCUGCACUCGGGAUCAGGUGACCCAUGACUUGUUUCAGACCUUAGGAGGGACAAGCACAGAUGGAGCGGUGAGAAGGAAGAGUUGAAGUAGGGAAGGGUGCUCAGUGAACCAGUCUUUCCAUUCCCACAGAAUGACUCAUGGGGAAUGAAAUCUAUUGCCUUUAGGGAGGGAAAAUAGCGAGUUCCUAAUUACUAGGAGGCCUGGAGAAGUGCUGGAUCCAGAUUCCCCAUCAGUCUGCUAGGUUUCUGAGUUUAGCUUGUCGUUCCUCAGAUGUGGACAGUGAUGGUUCCUCCCACAUGAAGUGGCUGUGCGAGUUGAUGUCACUGGUUAGAAGUGCUGGGGCAAUCAAGCAGCUGUUACCCUGUGUGCUCUGGAGAAGGGGCAGCCUCCCCCCACCCUCAGGCCCAACUGGAUUAGGAAGAAAGGCAGGGAAAGAAGGCGCCGGUGGAUGGGACUGUUUUCAACACAUAAAGAUACGUUGAGGUUUUGAGAACUCUGAUUACAGAAAUUGAGGGACAAUAGCAUCUUCUGUGGGAAAGAGAAUUGCCUUCCUUGUGUGAGUACACAGCAGAUUGUUGUAGGGGAGAAUUGAGAACCCAGAGGCCGUCUACAUUUCCUAUUAGCACACACAAUCAAUUCUAAGAGUCCAUGUUGAUCUUGGAAGCAGAAGGAAUUAAGAGAGUUAAGUUUCCACGGAGACCAAGAACCUUACCAUCUCCUAUAGUUCUGAAGGUUGACAGACAAUGGAUAUCAUAGAGACAGCAAAACUUGAAGGUCAUUUGGAAAAUCAGACCAACGAUUCUACCAACACUUACACAGGCCCUGCUGACACUGUAGAAGAAGGAAACAAAAAUGGCAAUGGUAAACCCAAGAGCUUAUCCAACGGACUACGAAAGGGUGCCAAAAAGUACCCGGACUACAUCCAGAUUUCCAUGCCCACUGACUCCAGAAACAAGUUUCCCCUGGAGUGGUGGAAAACGGGCAUUGCCUUCAUAUAUGCUCUCUUCAACCUUGUCCUGACAACUGUCAUGAUCACAGUCGUGCAUGAGAGGGUCCCUCCCAAGGAGCUCAGCCCUCCACUCCCAGACAAAUUUUUUGAUUAUGUGGACCGGGUCAAAUGGGCAUUUUCUGUAUCAGAAAUAAAUGGGAUUGUAUUAGUUGGACUGUGGAUCACCCAGUGGCUUUUUCUGAGAUACAAGUCCAUAGUGGGGCGCAGAUUCUUCUUUAUCAUUGGAACUCUAUACCUGUAUCGCUGCAUAACGAUGUAUGUCACUACGUUACCUGUGCCGGGAAUGCACUUCCAGUGUGCUCCAAAGCUCAACGGAGACUCUCAGGCAAAGAUACAGCGGAUUCUCCGGUUGAUUUCUGGCGGUGGGUUGUCCAUAACGGGAUCGCACAUCCUGUGUGGAGACUUCCUCUUCAGCGGUCAUACAGUUGUGCUGACGCUCACUUACUUGUUCAUCAAAGAAUACUCACCUCGUCACUUCUGGUGGUACCAUCUGGUCUGCUGGCUGCUGAGUGCCGCGGGGAUCAUCUGCAUUCUCGUGGCGCAUGAACACUAUACCGUCGAUGUGAUCAUUGCUUACUAUAUCACAACACGGCUGUUUUGGUGGUACCAUUCCAUGGCCAAUGAAAAGAACUUGAAGGUCUCUUCCCAGACGAAUUUCUUAUCUCGGGCUUGGUGGUUCCCCAUCUUCUACUUUUUUGAGAAAAACGUACAAGGCUCAAUUCCUUGCUGCUUCUCCUGGCCACUGUCCUGGCCCCCUGGCUGCUUCAAGUCAUCAUGCAAGAAGUAUUCCCGGGUCCAGAAGAUCGGGGAGGACAGUGAGAAGUGUACGUGAGCUGCCAACUUGGCAGCAGCCUUUCCACCCAAAGAGUCCGUGCUGUAACCAAAGAUGCAGCUUCCUAUUUAUCCUCAGAGAAAUGACUGGUAAAUGAAGUGGACCAAAUUUUGUGCAAAAGAUCGGAGCAACGAACGAAGUAUUACCUUUUGGCUUUUUUUUUCUUAUUCAGCCCAAGAAACAUAUAUUUUCCUGCAGCUCUUCAUCCAAGGGUGACAAAGCCCCCAAACCGGGAUUUUAAAGAGACGGCGAAGAACACGUCAGGCCUGUCCUCAUUCCUUCUCCACUUCCACAGUCUUUCCAGAUUUUUCCCCUCUAAGGUCAGAAGAGUUUGCUAAUGUUUUGAAUAAAAUCUCUGGAUAUAUACAGCCACGAGUGAAUACAGGCAGCGAUGGUGGGAGCAGGUUUCCACCAAGCAGCUCACUGAGGGCAAGCCACAGGUCAGUGCACUUUGUUUUGCCCUGUCUGGGGCAAGGUUAGGGUGCUGUCUGGGAUUCGCUUUGCUGCUACCCCCCCCUAAUGCACUAUGUAUGACUUGCCCUCUUUUUUUUAAACCUCUACCUGAUAAUUUUAUUUUUAAAGAAGGAGUGUUCCAAGGAAACAUGAGAAUCACACGCCCAUGGGUUUUUCCUGUGUGUGGAUUUUUCACUUUCCAGUCUCUGUGACAGAAACUCAGGAGGCGUGGGGCUUUUCCUGCUCUGCACAUUAGAUGCUGCCUGCCUGGAGUUCAGGGCUGCUAACUGUUGAAAACACACAUGUGAAGUAAUGAUCACACUCACUGGGACACGCGUGUGCUCCCCUUCUAGCUUGGACCCGCUGUGAUGUGUUUGAGUGGAGCCUAGAGGAAUAUCUGGUCUCAUUCUAUUAAAAGCAGUUUCUUCUUAGUUAAUAGUGUGCGCUGCAGGAAAUGCAAACUGAAUCCCAAAGGUUUACUGUGUCCUUGCUUUUUAGCAAGGUACUUCUCUCCCUAAGUGCUCCUAAGGACAUACACCACCCCUGAGCAAUUUGACUUCCACCCUGUGAACAGAACACAUGGUGCUGCAUUUAAACAUGCUGUAGGCAUCCACAGCUACAUAGGAACAGGGGGAGCCAAGCAUGGGGUGCACGCCUUUAGUCCCAGCACUCAGGAGGCACAGGUGGAUCUCUGUGAGUUCCAGACCAGCCUGGUCUAUAGAGAGUUCCAGGACAGCCAAGGCUGUUACACAGAGAACCCCUGUCUCAAAAAACCCCACCAUCACCACAGAGGGGAAAAGAAGGAACAGGGGACAGCUGUGUCUGAUAUGAACGAAUUUUAAAAAUCUGGUGGGCUUAAGAAUACCUGAUGUAAGCCGGGCAUUGGUGGCGCACACCUUUAAUCCCAGCACUCGGGAGGCAGAGGCAGGCGGAUCUCUGUGAGUUCGAGACCAGCUUGGGCUACAGAGCGUGUUCCAGGAUAGCCUCCAAAACAAUUCAGAGAAACCCAGUCUCGAAAAAAUAAAAAAUAAAGCAAAUAAAUAAAUAAGUAAUAUCUGAUGUAACGUGUGGCUCAGGGCACAAUCCUUGCCUUGACUUCUUAACUACUGGAAGAUUAGUUAACAGUAGAAAAUGUUCCCCUUUACACAUUAGUCAACGCAGGAGCAGAGGGAGGUGAGGCGGACAGGGUGGAAGGAGGCGGUCACAUUGGCAGGGAUGAGGUGGGAUGGGAUCAUCCCCAGGUGUAAGCCAGUCAGCCUUGAUGUCUCAGAAUGAAACUUUACAUGGCUUGGGGAAAAAGCACAAUACAGGUCAGUUCAGAGGGGCCACCACCAUCCUCUGGUGCUAAAAUUCUGUGUGUGUCCGGUGUCUCCUUUUCUGUGAUACUGGGUAGGUAAAGGAAAGGGCUUUGGAGUCAAAGGCCAGAGAGUAAGGUUCUCAACUCUGACUGUCUUUGCCAGAGUGGGAACCCUACACAUCUUUGGCAGACCUGGCAAUGCAAGGGUUUUUUCAAGCAUUUUUAUUGAAUAAACAGAUUGACUUUCAUUUUUCAAUCCUCCUGCCUCAGCCUCCAGAGUGCUGGGAUUGCAAGUAUGAGCUCCCCUCCCCGCAACCCCACCCCCAGGCAAAGCAGUGAAUUAUUGCAGCACCUUUUCUCUGCAGUUCAGAUGCAGGUCUUAGCCUGUGUUUUUGUGAGCCCGUGCUUGACUUUCCUGUAACUUCUGGGAAACGCCUGCGAUACGUAACACGCGCACAACCUGCCACACGUUUUUCCUGCAGCUCCCCAAUGGAAAUGGGAGUUCUCUCAAACUUGAGUUGCCGAGCUCCUCCACUAGAUCCAAAAAAGGAAGCAUCCAUCCCCUGGUGCCUCCUGAGCUAAUUUUGACUGUCCUUUGAGUUACUGGCAUCUCAGGAAGCAGGGUUGACUGCAGACAGAAGACUGGCUGAGAGUCAACUCUUGAAAUCUCGGGGCAGGUUUGUGGCCUUGGAUUCUUUGCUGUGUUACUGGUGCCACCUUGCGGCGAUAUGCCAUGUCUGGAAUGCAAAUGCUACUUUUAGAAAGAUAUUUCAGGUUUCUCUAAAGUUUGUUUGAUGUUGUUGCUCUUUUUUUUUUUUUUUUUUUUUUGCCAAAAAAAAAACCCCUGAAAUUCUCAUGGGAAAGAGUUGUUUUAAAGACAUUCUAGGUCCUCCCCAAUGGGAAAGUGCUCAGAAUCUGAUCAAAGAAAAAUUGCAGGUCAUUUUUACCUCUUAUAUCACAAUCAUUAGUGUCUAGUCUACAGCUACCAGGCUUUGUUUACUUCAAAACUCAAAGUCAGCUGUCUUUUAUUUAUGUGCUAGAAGUCAUCAUUUCAUUUUAAAUUAAAAGUUCAUGUCUUGCUUCAUAAAUAUUUUAAACUCUUUGUUAUUGUUUUGGUUUUGUAUUAUAAAACUAAUUAAAAAUUUUAAGCUGGUCUUAACACACUCACCCCUGUAGUGAAAGGAAGCGUGAGAAGGAAUCUUUUAAUAAAUGAGUUUACAUGUCUUAAUCAAGUAUAAGUUAUAUGCAUUGUGUUAGAGCCGUUUCUGUGUUUCUGUGUAAAGAUUUCUGAUAUUAUUGUUUUUAAUGCCAGUGUGUUGCAAUACUUUAGCCCCUUUGACUCAUUUGACAAAAUGCGUCUUAUGAAGAAGUGCUCUUGACUUCGAUAUCCAUAUAUUGAAGCUCAUGUCAGAGGUACCCAAAGAUAAGUUUUUAUACAGAUAGAUGCCUCAUAAGCGCUGGUUUAUUACUCAUUAAUAUUACUGUACUGUGUUCUUAAUGAAUCAUGAACAGCAAAGUUGUGUCACCAUAGAUCUAUUUUAAGCUAUCCUUUAAAAGAAAGAGAAGAAACUAUAAGCUAAUCUAGUUGCCAAGUUGGAAUUCAUUAUUUAAUUUACCUCCUAUGCAAUGAUUAAUGCUGCAAAAUGUAUGGUUAAUAAGCUACAGUAUGUUCAGACAAGAACUGUCUUCAUAAGGUUUGAGAGGCAGCCAGUUGCAUUCUUUUGGAAAUUUACAUACUGUUUCGAUGUGUUAAGUGCCUUGUUGUAAAGUAAAAUUUUAAGUCAAGAAUUCAUUAUUUUCCUGACCUAUAUUUUUCAUUAUGAUUAUCUACUGUGUGCUGUUGUAAUCAGUUUAUUAAAUGCUUACAUUUUAAUCAAA